AUGGUAAGUGACACCGAAAAUCCAUUACAUGAAGGCACAAUCAAUGAUUUUGUCGACUACAAGGGCCAUCCUGUCUCCAAAUCCAACCCUUGUGGCUGGAGAUCGGCUUCUUUCGUUUUAGGCGUAGAAGUGACAGAGAGCUUUGCAUUUUUUGGGCUUGCAUCAAACCUUAUAACGUAUUUAAGAGGCCCACUUGGUCAGUCAGAUGCUACAGCAGCUGAGAAUGUUAAUGCAUGGUGUGGCGCUGCCUCGUUGCUGCCUCUUGUUGGGGCCAUAAUUGCUGAUUCUUUUCUUGGCCACUAUCGAACUGUUGUUAUUGCUUCUCAAUGGAGAAUAGGCAGACCAGGGAAGCUGAUCAUAGAACCUUGGCCCAUGAAGGUUGUGACCAAUUCAAGUAAGAGAUACUCUAUGCAAAAAACUGGAAUUUCAUUGUUGUCUAGAGAAAGUAGUUCCUUGACCUGGACACUUGAAUCCUCUAAUGUCAUAGGUUCCUCAACAGAGCCUUGCUUGUGCCGGAUUGCUCAGGAAAAGAUGGGUGCAGUAUCGAUGAGGUUCAAGAAGCAAAGGCAGUUUUUAAGUCUUAUUCCUAUAUGGGCUACAAAUCUAUUAUAUGCCAAUGUAGAUGCACAAUGCUUAACAUUUUUCACCAAGCAAGGAGCCACUAUGUAUAGAACAAUUGCAUCAGGCUUCAUAAUACCAGCUGCUACACUUCAAUCGUUCACAAGCCUCACCAUCGUUAUAUUAGUCCCUAUCUAUGAUCGCAUCUUUGCCCCUUUAUUAAGAGCUUUAACUAGGAAACCCACUGGAAUUACAAUGCUUCAAAGAAUUGGAAAUGGGUUUUUCUCAGCUACCAUUUCAAUGGUGGUUGCAGCUCUAGCUGAACUGAAAAGACUCAAAACAGCUGAAGAAUAUUGGCUCGUUGAUCUGGCAAAUGUUACAAUUCCAAUGAGUGUAUGGUGA